AUGAGAAUCAUUAACGCCAGACACCGGGACGGCGCCGGGGCAGAGGGGACGAUGGAGAAUUUCACGGCGCUGUUCGGGGCCCAGGCUGACCCGCCACCUCCCCCAGCAGCGCUCGGCUUCGGACCCGGAAAGCCGCCCCCCCCGCCGCCACCGCCUCCGGGCGGGGGGCCGGGCCCCGCCCCGCCCCCGACCGCCGCUUCGGCCCCUCCCGGGAGCGACAAGUCGGCGGCAGGCUGCGGCCCCUUCUACCUAAUGAGGGAGCUGCCAGGCAGCACCGAGCUGACAGGCAGCACUAACCUGAUCACACACUACAACCUGGAGCAUGCCUAUAAUAAAUUCUGUGGGAAGAAAGUGAAGGAGAAGCUGAGUAACUUCCUGCCCGACCUGCCCGGGAUGAUUGAUCUGCCUGGUUCCCAUGACAACAGCAGCCUGCGCUCCCUCAUCGAGAAGCCCCCUAUCCUUGGGGGCUCUUUCAAUCCCAUCACAGGGACCAUGCUGGCUGGCUUCCGCCUGCACACUGGCCCACUGCCGGAGCAGUGCCGCCUGAUGCACAUCCAGCCGCCGAAGAAGAAGAAUAAGCAGAAGCACAAGCAGAGCCGCACGCAGGACCCCGUCCCCCCAGAGACGCCGUCUGACUCAGAUCACAAGAAGAAGAAGAAGAAGAAAGAAGAGGACCCUGAGCGCAAGAGGAAGAAGAAGGAGAAGAAGAAGAAGAAGAACCGGCACAGCCCGGAGCACCCCGGGAUGGGCAGCUCUCAGGCCAGCAGCAGCAGCAGCCUCCGCUGAGGGGCCGGGGACCCUGCCGGGAGGACUCCCUGCCGGGCCCGCGGCGGCCGCGGUCAGCGCCGGUGCAGGGGCGGCCGCCGCGCAGCCGGAGGAGCCGGAGGAGCCGGUGGGGAGAUGGGCGGGGCUCCCGGCGGCCCCCGCCCGCCUCGCGCUCGCGGACACCUCUUCCCCUCCCCGGAAGCUUUCUGUCCACCUGUGCAGUUUGUCUGAUGUAGGAUUUGGUCUGAUUUGUUAGGAUUUUUAUUCUCUUAAAAUUGCAUUUAUCAAACUGGCUGAAGCGUGGCUGCCUGUCAGGAGGUAAGUGCCUUUCCGUGGGGGUCAAGCUGUACGCCGGGGCUGCGGAGGCCUGAGGGGGCUCGGGCCUCGCGUGGCAUGGCUCCCUCAGCAGGCGGGGCGGCCGCCGCAGACCAGGGAGCAGGGUCCAGGAGCGGAGCGCGCCCGCGCCUCCCUGCCCCAGGCUUGUCACCACGCUGCCCCCAAGGCUGCCAGCUGGUGCCUGGGUGGCCUUCCUGCUGAAGGCCGGCUGUGUCCUAGGUCAGGUUCGUGGGGAAGCUCGGUAGCCGAUGGAGAAAGCACCCACAGUCAGGAGUGAAUUCCAGCAAGGUUGCCUCUCGGCCAACCCUGUGGUGUUUUUUUUAAUAAAUUUCUGGCAAGCGAAGGUAAAUGAUUCUUUACAAUAAGACCUACUUUUGAUAUUCGCCACUCCCUAAGACAGUGAAAUUACUUGGCUGAUGUGAAUGCCUAAGCUUCUAAGACAGCAAAAAAAGAAGUCUCCCAAAUCUUCAGCCACCUGAUGCCAAGAGCCAACUCGGUGGAGAAGAUGCUGAUGCUAGGAAAGAUUGAGGCAAGGGAAGGAGCCGGCAGAGGACGGGAGGGUUGGACGGCGUCGCUGACUCACGGACGUGACUUCGAGUGAACUCGGGGAGACAGUGGAGGAUGGGACGUGUGCAUGCUGCAGGUCACGGGGCCGCAGCGUCAGAUGCGACCGAGUGACGAGGCCAAGCAAACCCCUGCAGUGUCUGCGGCAGGCCGGGUACGCAGAGGCCGCCACAGGGGCGCCCCAGCCGACGGCGUCUUGCCCUCAGCCCAGCGUGACGUGGCUGAGCCGGCUGGGACGAGCCAGGGUUGGUCCCAGAGCAGCAGACGGAAACCCCUCCUUCCGCUCGAGUUAGCCUAGGGUUUCAGAGCGAGGGCUUACAGACCUCAGUUACCGACGGGGAGGCAAAGGCCAGCUUUCUGAGAUGAGUGUCCAAGGUGCCUGUUUAAACGAGGACACUGCCUUCUGCUUGACAGGGGGCGGCAUGCGAGGUCCCACUGCCCCUGUCCAUCCCCGUGGUCUGCCUUUCGCUCCGUCGUCAUUCACGGGCUUGCCUCUGGCUGCAUCCAAAAGGAGCUUUACCAUCCAGAGAAGAUUCUGUUAAGGGAUUGUAGGCAAAAGUCAAGAGCGCUCUCAACUCUGAAAUGCCAAGUUUUGGUCGUUAAAAGACUUUUCUGAAACAUCCAAUUAAAUCACUGAAGUAAAAAC